AUGCUUCGUUUGCAGAAAAGACUUGCCGCUUCUGUUCUCCGCUGUGGUAAGCGCCGUGUCUGGCUUGACCCAAACGAGUCGAGUGAGAUUGCCAUGGCGAAUUCUCGAUUCAGCGUUCGAAAAUUGAUCAGUGACGGUUUAAUUCUUAAGAAGAGCAUAGCUCCACACAGUAGAUCUAGAAUCAGGCUAUAUCACCUCUCGAAAAGACUGGGGAGGCACACUGGCAUUGGUAAGAGGAAAGGUUCCAAGGGCGUUAGGCAGCCUCCCAAGUUACUGUGGAUGAGGCGCCAGCGUGUUCUACGUCGUCUCCUAAGGAAGCUUAGGGACUCAAAGAAGAUCGACUCCCAUAUGUACCACAAUUUCUACAUGAGGUGCAAGGGUAACCAGUUCAAGAACAAGCGCGUUCUUCUCGAGGCAAUCCACUCUCAGAAGAACGCCUGGGUAAAGCAAAAGGCUGAAAACGAAGUUAUAGAGGCUCUAAGAGCUAAAUCUAAGAUGUUGAAGGAGAAGAGGAAGGCGAAACUGUCAGCCUUAUAA